AUGAUAAUAAGCAUUGCUCUGAUUUGGGCAGUUGUUGUGGGAUUCUGCUGCCUCCUGUGGCUGGCUGUGGGGAUAAGACACAGGCAACCAGGUGAGCCAGCAGUGGAAAAUGGUUUGAUCCCCUAUUUGGGCUGUGCUCUGCAGUUUGGAGCCAACCCACUUCAGUUCCUCCGCAGCCGACAAACCAAGUACGGCCACAUUUUCACUUGCAAAAUUGCAGGCAAAUACAUCCACUUCCUGUGCGACCCCUUUUCUUACCAUUCAGUCAUCAGGCAGGGAAGACACCUUGAUUGGAGGAAGUUCCAUUUUGCUACAUCUGUCAAGGCAUUUGGCCAUGACAGCUUCGAUCCUCGCCAUGGCCACACCACAGAGAACCUCCACCACACCUUUCUGAAAACACUACAGGGUGAAGCUCUUCCCUCCCUUAUAGAGACAAUGAUGGGCCACCUUCAGGAUGUCAUGCUGAAGUCAGACACACACUCCAGCAAGGACCAUUGGCAGGUGGAUGGCAUCUUUGCCUUUUGCUAUAAGGUGAUGUUUGAAUCUGGUUACCUGACUCUGUUCGGUAAAGAGCUCGGUGAAGAUAAGUGUCAGGCUCGCCAAGCGGCUCAGAAAGCGUUGGUGCUCAAUACUUUGGAGAACUUCAAAGAAUUUGAUAAGAUCUUCCCGGCACUUGUGGCUGGCCUGCCUAUUCAUGUGUUCAAAAGUGCCUACAGUGCCAGAGAGAACCUAGCUAAGACCAUGCAUGCUGAACACCUGUCCAAGAGAGAGAACAUGUCUGAUUUGAUCUCCAUGAGGAUGAUCCUGAAUGACUCCUUAUCUACGUUCAAUGACCUCAGCAAAGCCAGGACCCACGUCGCUCUGCUCUGGGCUUCGCAGGCUAACACCCUGCCUGCUACCUUCUGGAGUCUCUUUUACAUGAUCAGGAGUCCUGAUGCUAUGAAAGCAGCUCAUGAGGAGGUGCAGAGAGUUCUGGGGGAUUCGGGUGUAAGAGUUGACCCCGGCAAUCCUUCACUGAACCUGACCAGGGACCAGCUGGACGGCAUGCCUGUGUUGGACAGCAUCAUUAAAGAAGCCAUGCGUCUUUCCAGUGCUUCCAUGAAUGUGCGUGUUGCCAAGGAAGACUUCCUGCUUCAACUUGACAACAAAGAAGCUUACCGCAUAAGGAAAGAUGAUGUCAUAGCCCUGUAUCCACCCUUGCUGCACUACGAUCCUGAGAUCUACGAGGAUCCCUAUGAGUAUAAGUUUAACCGUUUCCUGGAUGAGAAGGGUCAGGAGAAAACUACUUUCUACCGCGGUGGCCGGCGGCUGCGUUACUUCUACAUGCCCUUCGGCUCUGGGGUCACCAAAUGCCCAGGCAGGUUUUUCGCUGUGUAUGAGAUCAAACAGUUCCUGGCUUUGGUGUUAUCCUACUUUGACAUGGAACUAUUAGACCCUGCUAUCAAGGCCCCGCCUCUUGACCAGUCCCGUGCUGGUCUCGGUAUCCUCCAGCCUACGUAUGAUAUAGAUUUCAGGUACAAGCUGAAAUCCAGUCAAUAGGCUUUGUUGUUUUUGGACAGUGACUGAAAAUCAUAUUGUAAAGUGUAUAUAUAACAGCAUUAAUGAAGAUGCAUAACUGUAAAUAGAAUUAAUGAUGUUUUUUCUGCUUUAAUUUGCUUCUGAAGAACAUAUAUUGUACAUAUUGGUGGAGCCCUCACAAAAGGCUAAAACCCUUCAGGUGUGCAGUUCGUAGUGCCUGUUUGAGUAUAAAUGAAGAGUAGUUCCAGCUGGAAGACGUAUUUAUAGUACUGAUGCAUGUCUGAUGUAUAACUCUUGGAGGGUUACAUUACUGCUAACUGUUUGCCAAAGUAAAUGUCAGACAACCCACUGCAUCACAAAGUGAAUCAUGAUAAUAUACAGAGUAUCCUGCUCAAAAAGGUUCAGGGAACACUGAAAUCACACGCAGACAGUGUGUCCAAACUUUGACUGCUACUGUGUUUGAGUUGAACCUCUUUACUAAUAUACAUUAUGUAAAGACAUCAUCAGCUCUUUGAGGUUUGGCUUAAAGUCACACUCAAAAAAGGUAAAAUUGUUCAAACUUUAUUUAACUUUGCUUUUAUUUUUAUUUUUUGCAGUAAUGCAGUUCAGAAACCCCCACCGGGUAUCUAUGGCUCUGAUACAUACAAAGCUUUGGACACACUUUUGGCUGUAUUUUAUUUUUUCAUUCAUAUGAAAAUGACAUUUUAGGCAUGUAGGAUUUCAGCCUAAAAUGAAAGAUUUUUGGAAAAACAGGACAUAUUAAAAAACAUGCCAAACCUGUGUUUACAAGUUUACGUUCUCCUUUGAUAAGAUGACAUGAGAAAACCUUUAUUUAUCUUAUAUUUGGGAGUUGCUGCAGGCAGCUUUUUAUCAGUGAGCAAAUUGCUGCAAUCAGAGUGAUUUACUGUCCAUCAGCCUUGGAGUUUGCUCUCUCUGGCACUCUGCUGUCAGCCACUGCUGACCUUUAUGCAUCUACCUUUUUAGUAUCAUUACUACAAACCAUGCAGCCUAAUGAUAACUGAGAGGCAUUAAAGAAAUGAAGGAAUGCUGAUUUGCAUAAUGAAGGUGCCUGUGAUUGCUCAUUCAACAAGCACGUCACUUUUUAAGCAGCACUCUAGAUGUUUUUAUAUAGUAAAUCAAACACACAAGCUGGAGCAAUAGUCUGAGUUCACUGGGACAUACAGUACUAAUGUGUGCCAAAUUUAAAUGCAUUUACCUUUCUGCAAGUAGAAUUAAUGUAAUAAAGCAAAAAAAGAAAAAAAAUGAAGGAAACUUUCUCUUUAAAUGCUGAAUGUUUUUCACUGAACUGGAGGGCAGCCCACGUGUAUGUGUUUAUUGACAUG